GGACUAGGUCAGAAAGCUUUAUUUAACCUUCGGCCGGUUUCCAUGCCAAGAUAACUGAUGUAUUAUUUUGGUUUGGUUUUGGUUUUUUGUCAAGUUUAAUGCUAUGAAUCACUGUUUUAAAAGAUCUGAAGUAGGUUUUUAAUCUAGAAGUUAAGGUAUAGUUCCAAUAAUGGGAUUAAUGAAGGCAAUUUUGUGUAGUCCAAUGAUGAAUAAGACCCUGAAGAUGUGGUCAACUGUGGUUCCUUCUGUUUGCAGUUUCUCUUUAAACAGUGUACAUCUGAAACAGGAGGACUCACCCGGGGCUAGCAGCGAAUCUGUGAUCGACGUUCAAAAUUUCCUUCCGAGGAGUCAAUGUUGUUCCCAGGUCGUUUGCUAUUUAAAGAAGUAUGGCUUCACCGAUGAAAGGGCUUCCAACUUGAUCGGUGUCUGCCCUCAGAUCGAAACGCUAAAUCUUGAAAAGUUGGACAAGUCGCUUUUGGCCUGGAGCAACUGCCAGUUUGGCGAACAACACUUUAUGAAAUUGCUUACGGACCACCCGCAGCUUCUUUUAGCGAAUUAUAACAGGAUUGAAGAGACGUACCUAUUCCUCUUGUCAAAGUACAACAAAAAACUUGUCCUGAGUAUCUUUCUUACGGCACCUUUAGUGAUAACUGACAGUGUCGACAGGCUGUCGGACAAAAUAGACUAUCUAGAGAAAGAGAUGUUAGUUUCCAAGAAUGAGAUCGCUCACAGUGGCGCCUUGUCUUACACGAUUGACUAUAUUAGAGAAAGGUUCGAAUUUUUGAUCAGGGCCGGUGUGUAUAAACCUCUGAGAGAAAAGGAACGACAGCAGAAAAAGUUCAAAAAUCCCAGGCUGGACAUCAUCCUCAAUACAUCCGACACUGAAUUCUCGACCAACGUCGCUGGCCUUUCAUUAUUUGAAUAUGAAGUAUUUCAAGAUCUAAUGAAAGAUGAUUAUGAGUAAUAAUUAUUUAUUAUUUUAAUUUGUACACAGUGUAAAUAUUCAGUGUUAUCUAUAAAUGAAAGAUUAUACAUAUAUAUUUCCUUUUUAAAA